CAUUUUGUUUGUGCGGACUGGCCGUCCGAGCGGAGGAGAUAACCGAGGGAAGGAGUGACUCCGGCGACCAGCGACAGCCGCUCUGAGAACCGCCGGCUGGCGAACAACCUGGUCAAAUCCCGUCCGUGCUACAAAGAGGGAAGACGACGUCACCGGAAAACAGAAGGCGGCUGUGGCGAGGAAGCGGGAGUCGGUGAUAUACAUAGAUAUAUAUACAUGUAUAUAUGAGAAGGAAAUACUCCGAAAAAAAUCCAAGGAAGGGGGUGUUUCGCGGAGCGGAGACGCGGAAGAGGGCUACAUAUCAGAACGUACGAAAAAAAAGGUGCAAGAUAAACAUGAAAGAUAAUAAUGCGUGCGUCGCGGAAGAAGGAAAGAGCCCACAUAGACAAUUAUAUAAAUAAAGUGCUACUGGGCAGAAGGGAGAGGUGGAAAGGAAGACAGGUUUAUAGAUAGGAGAAAUUGUCAGGAUCAACGCGAAGGGGGGGCAUUCUCCAUCACAAAGAGUCAACGAGGGUUUUUUUUUUUUUCAGCCCCAAGUAUUGUGAGGGGGGGUGUCAUUAUUGUUGUGCCAAUGUGAACCUUUCUGCUUCACAAAUAGCCAUAAUUUCCUCAGCGAGCCACCGUCAAUGUUUGUCACAUUAUCUCCGCGGCUCCGUUCCUGCUUCAGGUCUUUUUAAAAAAAAAAUCUAUUUUCCUCUUCUUGCGGACAGGCAAAGACACCAUCAAGAGCAAUGAGUGGGAAUAUUGGUUUCUCCGGUCUUGCUUUCAAGCGUUUGAACGAGAGUUAAAUGAAGGGAGAUGCUCAUCCGGAGCACAAGAUAAGUGAUCGUCUGUAAAAUCAAACAAGGCUAAUUGGAUCUAUCUGACUGGCCGCUGAUUGGCAAUUAGCACCUCGGUUGCCCUCCAGAACUGUGCUAGCCACGAAUAAAGUCUGCUUCAGAAUCCCUUGCACCGUUUGUGAUUUUUGCCAAGUUUCUCUGGUCUCGUUGCCUCGCCUGCAUGCUGCAAUAGGCACAAUCGCGCCGACGGCUUGCAACCAGCAGAUGUGCAAUAUGAGCCCGUUCUUGUGGACCCAGUGCCUUGCAUGAUCCUAACACCCAAGUGCACGGAUCAAUCUCACGUAUGACCAUUUUAGUUUUCUCUGGGCAGACCCUAUUCUUAAACGUCCUUGUGCAGCAUUGUCCAAUUCCCCUUCCACCAAAGCAGCACUUAAACCCUUUCGCAACGCACCAGUUGAUUGCCUUUUGGGAUUUAGAAAUCGGCAGCGAUGUAUCUCCAGCGGAGGGGAAAUUGGCAACGCAACUGAGGAUUCUCCCAGUGUUGCACGAGAAAAAGCAUCGCCCGUUUAUCGGGAUUCCCGUUGGACUUCUUACCGGAGCGUUUCAGACCUGAUCUACCGGAUUUCUCCGCCGACUAUGGCGGAUAAGACUGAGCAAGCGACGGAGGACGGAUCCUGGGACAAUUGUUGUGUCGUAGCCGAGGAGGCUACAUGAGGUUGUCAGCGGGCCGCACGUCGACUCCACCUUCCCACCUCCUUCUGUUCAAAUCUGCGAAGAAACAAACUCUCCGCCAGGGGAGGGGGGCUGAUCUCUGCACACAGGAAUAAAACCGAGACGGAGAGCGGUGGAACACUUCGACGUAGCCGUCCUCUCCCCUCCCGUCCCCCAAGCGGUGGGGGGGCGAUCAGAAGCAAUUCGGAUUAGAAGGCAAAAAUAAGGGAAACACGUUUACCCUCUGUGGAUCUAAAACUUUUUUUUCUCCCUUUUUGAAUUUGUCAAAAAUAUGGCCGAUAAUGUCUUGGAGUCCGGCCCUUCUUCAGCCAAGAGGCCAAAGCUGUCCUCUCCAGCGCUCUCCGUGUCUGCAAGUGAUGGAAACGAUUUUGGUUCACUCUUUGACCUUGAGCACGACCUCCCAGACGAGCUCAUCAGCUCCUCAGACCUGGGGCUGACCAAUGGAGGCGACAUCAACCAACUCCAUACCAGUCUCGGAGGGAUUGGUAUGGGAGGCCAGGAUGCUGCUGCAAAACAUAAACAGUUGUCUGAACUUUUGCGUACUGGGGCGCCUUCACAGCAGGUUGGCCCUGCUUCCAACACUACUGGACUAGGGGGUUCCAUGGGCAUAUUGGGAGGUGUCAACAUCUCCCCUGGUGCACCUCAAGGCAUACCCCCCCAGGGCCAGCAGCAGCAACCCGGACUCAUGCAGCAGGUUGGGAUGGUUGGAGGGGUUGCAUCACUGAAUCGGGUAACUGCAAUGAUGGGUGGCCAGAGGGGCAGCAAUGGACAGCAACAGCAAGGCAUGAUGGCGGGUCAUGUGUUGAACGGCUCGUCAAGAAUGGGUUAUCCGGGCAGUGCAGGCAUGGGUAACAACAGUAAUCUUUUAGCUGAAACCCUACAGCAGCAGCAGGGUGGUCAGCAAAUGGGUUCCGGUGGUCAGCCAGGUAUACGACCACAGCAGCCAGGAGCACUGAACAAGAUGAAUAUGAUUGCCAAUAUGGGCCCCUAUGGUGGUCCCUAUGGUCAGUCUGCUGGCCAGGGGCUGCCUGGAGCAGGGCUGAGCCCACAACUCCAGAAUAAGGCCGGAAUGGCCAACAAUUUGCCCAGCCAGUUUAACAUGGACAAGAAAGUGCCAGCGGGGCAAACCAUUCCUGGAAUGACGCCUCAGCAGCAGCAGCCUCCAGGCAUUGGCGGUGUAUCAGUCGGUGGAGCAGCAGUGGGAGCGGCUCAGGUUGGACUCGGUGCUGUAGGGGCAGGUCCCUGCACAACGCCCCCUACAGCAGACCCGGAGAAGCGUAAGCUUAUUCAACAGCAGCUGGUCCUUUUGCUCCACGCACAUAAGUGCCAGCGAAGGGAGCAGGCUAACGGGGAAGUGAGACAGUGCAACCUGCCUCAUUGUCGCACCAUGAAGAACGUACUGAACCACAUGACUCAUUGCCAGGCUGGCAAGUCUUGCCAGGUGGCGCAUUGUGCCUCAUCAAGACAAAUCAUCUCUCACUGGAAGAACUGCACGCGACAUGACUGUCCUGUAUGCCUGCCUUUGAAAAACGCUGGAGACAAAAGGAACCAGCAAUCUCUGGUCAGCAGUGCAGGCCUGGGUUUGGUGAAUUCUAUAGGUUCAGGAGUACCAGGUGGACAGUCUAAUACUCCAAACCUGAAUCCGCCAAAUCAGAUUGACCCCAGCUCCAUAGAGAGGGCCUACGCUGCUCUUGGUCUGACCUACCAGGGCAACCAGAUGCAGCAACAGCCACCCCAGGCCAACAUGCCAAACCAGGGGAUGCAGGGGCAACCUGGGAUGCGGAGUCUGAAUGUCAUGGGAGGAAAUUCAAUAGGAGUGAAUGGUGGCGUGCAGCCCCCUAACCAUCAGGCAUCCCUGCUUCCAGAUGCCAUGUUGCAAAAUACUUUAAAUGCUCAGAGUUUGAUGAGCGAUGGUGUGGGGAACCUGGGAUCCAUGCCUACUGCAGCUCCUCCUUCAGCAGCUAUGAGGAAGUCUUGGCAUGAAGACAUCACGCAAGACCUGCGCAACCACCUUGUGCAUAAACUGGUGCAGGCCAUCUUUCCCACUCCUGACCCAGCUGCUCUGAAGGACCGGCGGAUGGAAAAUCUGGUGGCAUAUGCUCGAAAAGUAGAGGGGGACAUGUAUGAGUCAGCCAACAGUAGGGCGGAGUACUACCACCUCCUGGCAGAGAAGAUCUACAAGAUCCAAAAGGAGCUUGAGGAGAAGAGGAGGACACGUCUCCAAAAGCAGGGAAUGAUGCCAGGUCAACCUGGCUUGGCCACCUCAGGCUUCCCACAGGGGCCUCUCAGCCUGGGUCAGCCCCCCAUGGCCCCAGGGCCACCUCUAAAUGGUCCUCAUGCUGAUCCGUCCAUGAUACGACCUGGAGGACCAAAUCAGAUGGCUAACAGGAUGCAGAACCCAGCAGGAAUUAACCAGUUUGGCCAGAUGGGGAUGCAGUCAAUGGGUCAAAGGUCGACACCUCCGCUUCCACUCAAUGCUCCAAUGAACCAGAUGGGUAUGGGAUCAGCAAGGAUGGGUCAGCCAAAUGUCACGCAGUUACAGAACCAGUACCUCCCACCAAGCCAGUUUCCUGGGUCAAGUCCUGGUCUUGGUUCUGGUCCUGUUGGCGUGAACCAGCCAGGAUCUCAGGCUGCAGUGCCGCUGCAGAACCAGAUGUCAACUCCGCCUUCGCUCCCUGCCGGCAGCCCUUCAGCCCAGUCUGCUACCCCUGCCCCUGGCUCUGCAGCCUCUGGCGGCUCUGUGGGGACUGUCUGUGGUAAAGGGCCUCUGCCCAACUUGCCUCCAUCCUCCACGUCAAACCAGCCCAACACAUUUCCUCACUGCCCACCCAUCCGAACAAACUCUCCCUCACCAGCACGCAGCUUAACACCUCAACCUCAUCAGACAGCUCCCACCAUACCUCGUUCUCAGACACCACAGCCACAGACCCCGGGUACACCCCAGCUGCCUCCUCAGCAUCAACAGCAAGCAUCUCAGCCGCAGCAACCAUCAGGGCAGGUGGGGAGCUCUGAGAAGGCUAUUCAGCUUCCACAGCAGACCCUUGGGGGUGUGACUACGUCAGGCCUCCAGGCAGGUCAGGCUUCUUUGGUGCCUAUCCAGAAUGCACAUGUGCCACUGCAGCUGCCCCCGACACCACUGUCUCCGAAGCCACCUGUAACAGCAGAUGUUCAGGUGUCUUCACCAGCCUCAGUCAGCAGCAGUACUGAGCCAAGCUCACAGCUUGGCCCUGCUCCCAUCCAAGAGGAUAUCAAAAUGGAAGUGAAAAAACAGGAGGAAGAAGAGGACGAAGGAGAUGAAACUCAAGGAGAGGGCAAGUGUCUGGGAAAGACGGGCAAAGUUGAGCCUGACGUUAAAGCGGAGGAGAAGUUUGAUAUAAAAAAAGAAAAAUUAUCAGAAGAAGGGUGUAAAGCAGAGGCCAUGGACACAUCUUCAUCCUCUGUGUCUUCGUCAGUGGAAACUGGGGAAGAUAAAAAGCCAGAGGUUAAAAAAGAGCCCAAAGAGCAAGAUGAGGCUUCUGUAGCUUCCCCAGCCAGCACUCAGAGCAAGAAGAAAAUCUUUAAGCCAGAGGAGCUGCGUCAGGCUCUGAUGCCCACCUUGGAGGCUCUGUACCGGCAGGACCCAGAGUCCCUCCCCUUCCGUCAGCCGGUGGACCCCCAGUUACUGGGAAUACCCGUACGUAUUCGAACUAGUAACAAAACUAACCUGGACUACUUUGACAUCGUGAAGAACCCCAUGGACCUGUCAACCAUCAAGCGGAAACUGGACACAGGGCAGUACCAAGAGCCUUGGCAGUAUGUCGAGGAUAUCUGGCUGAUGUUCAACAACGCUUGGUUGUACAACCGCAAGACAUCCCGUGUGUACAAGUACUGCUCCAAGCUGGCUGAGGUGUUUGAGACUGAGAUUGAUCCUGUCAUGCAGGGCCUAGGAUAUUGCUGUGGAAGGAAGUUUGAGUUUUCCCCCCAAACUCUAUGCUGCUAUGGAAAACAAUUAUGCACCAUCCAGCGUGAUGCUGCUUAUUUUAGCUAUCAGAACAGUUCACCAAAAUAUGGGCUUCUUGCUGACAGGUACCACUUCUGUGAGAAGUGUUUCAACGAAAUCCAGGGCGAGAGCGUCUCCCUGGGUGACGACCCCUCCCAGCCUCAGACGUCCAUCAGCAAAGACCAAUUCCAGCGAAAGAAGAAUGACACUCUUGACCCCGAGUUGCUUGUGGAAUGUACCGACUGUGGUCGUAAAAUGCACCAGAUCUGUGUCCUGCAUAAUGAAACCAUUUGGCCUUCAGGCUUUGUGUGUGACAACUGUCUCAAGAUGGCCAACAAGACACGGAAAGAGAACAAAUAUGCAGCUAAGAGGCUUCCUCAGACCAAGCUGGGGAGCUAUUUGGAGUCACGAGUGAAUGACUACAUCAAAAGGCAGAACCACCUUGAGGCUGGCGAGGUCACCAUCCGUGUGGUCCAUGUCUCCGACAAGGUGGUUGAGGUCAAACCAGGCAUGAAGUCCAGGUUUGUGGACAGUGGCGAGAUGUCAGAGUCUUUCCCAUACAGGAUGAAAGCCUUAUUUGCCUUUGAGGAUAUCGAUGGCGCAGAUGUGUGUUUUUUUGGAAUGCACGUUCAAGAGUACGGCUCUGAUUGCCCACCUCCCAACCAGAGACGAGUGUAUAUCUCUUACCUGGACAGUGUUCACUUCUUUAAACCUCGACACCUCAGGACCGCUGUUUAUCAUGAGAUAUUGCUUGGUUACCUGGAAUAUGCAAAGAGGCUGGGGUUUACAACAGGCCAUAUCUGGGCGUGUCCUCCCAGUGAGGGCGAUGAUUACAUCUUCCAUUGUCACCCAGCGGACCAGAAGAUCCCCAAGCCAAAAAGGCUGCAAGAGUGGUACAAGAGGAUGCUGGACAAGGCGGUCUCUGAGCGUAUCGUCCAUGACUACAAGGACAUCUUCAAACAGGCAACAGAGGACCGCCUGACAAGUGCGAAGGAGCUGCCAUACUUUGAGGGAGACUUUUGGCCCAACGUACUGGAGGAGAGCAUCAAGGAGCUGGAGCAGGAGGAGGAGGAGAGGAAGAGGGAGGAGAACAGUACCUGCAAUGAGAGUACUGAUGCCACAAAAGGAGACAGCAAGAAUGCCAAAAAGAAGAACAAUAAAAAGACGAGCAAGAACAAGAGCAGCUUGAGCCGUGCCAACAAGAAGAAGCCAGGGAUGCCCAACGUGUCCAAUGACCUUUCCCAGAAACUCUAUGCCACCAUGGAGAAACAUAAGGAGGUCUUCUUUGUCAUCCGACUCAUCGCUGGCCCCACCGCCAACUCGCUGCCCCCCAUCACUGACCCUGACCCCCUGAUGGCCUGUGACCUGAUGGACGGCCGGGACGCCUUCCUGACGUUGGCAAGGGACAAGCACCUGGAGUUCAGCUCUCUCAGGAGGUCCAUGUGGAGUUCCAUGUGUAUGUUGGUGGAGCUCCAUAAUCAGAGCCAGGACCGUUUUGUCUACACUUGCAAUGAGUGUAAACAUCAUGUGGAGACACGCUUCCACUGCACUGUUUGUGAGGACUAUGACUUGUGCAUCACCUGCUAUAACAUUAAAGGCCACGAGCACAAAAUGGACAAAUUGGGGCUUGGGCUGGAUGAUGACAGCAACAACCAGGCAGCGGCAGCUACCCAGAGUCCGGGAGACUCUCGCCGCCUGAGCAUCCAGCGUUGCAUCCAGUCACUGGUCCACGCUUGCCAGUGCCGCAAUGCCAACUGCUCGCUGCCAUCGUGCCAGAAGAUGAAGCGUGUUGUUCAGCACACCAAAAGCUGCAAACGCAAGACAAAUGGCGGCUGUCCUAUUUGCAAACAGCUCAUCGCUCUGUGCUGCUAUCAUGCCAAACACUGUCAGGAGAACAAAUGUCCUGUGCCCUUCUGCCUCAACAUCAAGCAAAAGCUCCGGCAGCAGCAACUGCAACAUCGGCUCCAACAGGCGCAGAUGUUAAGAAGGCGGAUGGCCAGCAUGCAGAGGGUGGGGCAGCCUGCUGGGGGUCAACCAGGAGGACCUGUCAUGGGACUUCCGUCACCAGGCACAAAUGGCAUAACUGCACCCAGUACGCCGACAUCUGUUGGAACUCAACCUGCAACUCCUCAGACACCGACGCAGACCGUGCCCUCGCUCCCUCAACAAGGAUUGGGGCCUGGCCCCGGACUUCAACAAGCUCCUCAACCAGGUGGGAUGUCUGUGCAAGGUGGCAUGCCUCCUCAGCAGCAACAGCUUCACCACCAGUUUCAGCAGAUGCCAGGUGGAGGAGGCGGCACCGGAGGCAUAAUGAGCUCCCCUCAACAUCAGCACCACAUGCUCACGCAGGUGCAGCAACAGCAAAGUGGGCCAGGAACCAACCAUCAACAACUCCACCAACACCCAAACAACAUGCCAGCAUUUGCCAGCAGGCCUCCUGGUUCCUCUCCAAUCCACCAAUCCCAAGGAAAACCUGUUCUCGGAUCAGCGACGCCUCCUCGGCAACAACCCGGUUGCCCCAUCAUGGCUGGUAACAUCGGGGGCCAGCCUCCCAACCAACCCCAAGGCCAGCCAGCUCUUCCACAGCAGCAGCAACCUUCUGGCCCUCCACCAGCUGCAGUUGAGAUCGCGAUGAAGAUCCAGAGGGUGGCCGACGCCCAGAGGAAGAUGGCCCUGCAGAGACAAGUGGCUGCAGGCCUGAUGCCUCCUCACCCCCACCAUCAACAAGGCCAAGGUCAACCGAUGCCCUUGGGACACCCGGGGACUGGAGGGCCGGUUGGACCGCAGGGCGUGCCGCCACAAAACCAAGCUGCAAUGCAGUCCGCCCGGGCCCACAUGGAGCAGCAUCAGAGUGCUCCAGCUGGGAUGAUGGUCGGCGCUGGUGGGGCCAUGCUACAUCAACAACAGCAACAGCAACAGCAACAGCAGCAGCAGCAGCAGCAGCAAGGCAACAUUCCACAGGGCCAGAUCCCAUCUCAGGUUCAACUUCAACAGCAGAGGAUGGGCGCUCCACUUCAAAACCCACAACAGCAGUGGACAGGCCAAGGGAUGCCCCCCCAGCAGAGACAGGCCAUGAUGAACCAAAUGGGCCAUCAUCAAGUUUUGAUGGUAGCGCAACAGCAGCAGCAACAACAACUGCAGCAGCAACAAGCUCAGAGCCAUAAUGCCAUGAUGAAUAUGGCUCAACAACAGCAACAGCAGCCGCCAGGUGCCGCUGGUGUGGUGCUAGGAGGGGCUGGGCCCGGGGCCGCAGGCGUCCCAGGAGCCGGCGCAGGCGGCAACAUCACCCAGGCGGCACUACAGGAUCUUUUACGCACUCUUCGCUCGCCCAGCUCGCCGCUCCAGCAGCAACAAGUCCUCAACAUCCUACGCUCCAACCCUCAACUAAUGGCCGCUUUCAUUAAACAGAGGGCCUCAAAGUACAAGGGGGGGGCAGGAGGUCCCGCACCCACUGGGGGGCCUGCCGGGAACGUCAUUGCUGGAGGGGGGCCACAGGUGAACAUGAGUGCGGCCGGCGCGGGCCAGUCGGGGAUGCACAUGGGGGCCCAGGGUGGGACAAACAUCGCCACUAUGGCCCAGCUACAGCAAGUGCAGCAGCAGCAGCAGAUGCAACAGCAAAUUCAACAGCAGCAGCAGCAGCAGUUGCAACAGCAGCAGCAGAUGCAACAGCAGCAGAGACCAGUCCUUAGUGGUUUACAGCAGCAGCAAGUUGCAGCUCUCCAGCAGCAACAAGCCGCAGGAAGAGGUCUGCAGGGCCAGGGACCACAAAUGGCGAAUCUUAACAAUCCCCAAUUCAGAGAACUGCUCAUGAGGAGACAUCUGCAGCAGCAGCAGCAGCAGCAGCAGCAGCAAUCACAACAACAGCAUCAACAGCAAAUGGGGGUCAACCACGGUCAGUGUCAGCAGCCCCAGCCCCCACAGGGCCAGGGUUACAUGGGCCAGCCUGGGAUGCAGCCACCCCCAGUGGGACAGGGCCCCCCAGGAGGUCCACCCCUCGGCCCUCAGCAGCCCGGGGGUCCCCCUAACCAGCAGGGUCCGAGUUACCCGGGCUCAGCCCAGCAACAGGCCACAGCUGCACUGCAGCAAAGGCUCCAGCAACAACACCAACACCACCUCCAGAUGCAGCAGCAGAACGCCAUGGCAGGCCUCCCCGGGGGGGAUUCCGGGCCUGGGGGCGGGGGCAGCGUGGGACCCCCGCAGCCCCCCCAGGCCCCUCAGACCGGUCAAAACGGCCCCCCGCCUUCUCAGGCCCUGCUUCAACAGGCCCUCCACCAGAGGUUGCUUCACCAACAGCAACAUCUCGCCACCGGAGGCUCGCCGGCACAGCACAGCAAUCCCAUGAGCCCCCAGCAGCCCCCCCAGAUGGCCCAGUCCCCUCACCCUCACCUCCAGGGCCAGACGCUGCCCACCUCCCUGGCCAACCAGGUGCGCUCCCCCCAGCCCUCACCCAGACCCCAGUCCCAACCGCCACACUCCAGCCCGUCACCACGCAUGCAGCCCCAGCCGUCCCCUCACCACAUAUCUCCCCAGAUGCAGACGGGAUCCCCCCACCCGGCCCACCUGAACCAGCACCACCCAGGUAUGGUGGUCCCACAGCAGCCUUCGUCCCAGCAGCAGCAGCAGAACUCUAUGGAACAGUUUGGCUCGGACCAGAGUGCCAUGUUAUCUCAGCUGAGUGGGAUGGCGGGUCUCCAUGGACAGGGGGGAAGCAGUCAGGACCCACUGGGCCAGAACUUAAAUCACAACCCUUUAGACAUCAUGUAGGAAUUCUACUUAACGUGUCAUGUUGAGCUGGGGGGAAAAAAGCUCUGAUUCUUCGCACAAACUGCACUCAUCCAGGACAGUGUUAUCUAUCUUUAUUAUCUAGCCUUUCUUUAUAUAUAUAUAUAUAUAUAUAUAUAUAUAUAUAUAUAUAUAUAUAUAUAUAUAUAUUAUUAAAUGUUAUUUAAAAUGUUUUCAAUAAAGAUACAUUGAACUGAACUUCCUAUGGGAGAUGGACAAUAAAUCAAGCAGUCAUUAAAUAAAAUAGAAUAAAUGAAUUGUAAGUUAUUGCUGUUUAAUAUAUUUUUUGCCAAUUGUGGACAAAGGGGAGGGGGGUUGUGUCGUGCCCCCGCGUCUUGCAGAAUACAGUACAUAAAAGGUAAUAUUUUUGGGAGGUAUGUGAUUUAGAGGGGGCAAAUGCCUUUUUAAGAAACGUUUUUAAGUGUUCAAGAAUUAAAGAGGAAGUGGAAUAAUGCAAAUAACUUUUUUUUUUUUUUUAAUGGAUUGUUUCCCGCCAUUCAGUCUGUUUUUGUUUUUGCAGAGUGAAAAUGCUAUUAUAUUAUUCAUGUCAAUCCAAACAUGAUGCAUAUCUUCCUUUUAAUGUUUGGGUUUGCUUUAUUUAUUAUCUUCUUUUGGGGUGGGGGCAUUAUGUAACUUGACUGCGCUACAGUUCCUAUAGAAAUCUAUUUUUGUUAUUGAGUGUUCAAAUGGGGUUAGUGGAUGUUUUUGGUUAACUUUUCAUGUCUUUAGUUGUACGUGUGUGUUCCCGGGCGGGAAAAAUUCCGAUGUCAGUGUUUUCUUGCAGUUGUCACCAGUCUGCUGUGAGUUUGACAUGUCGAGAGGACACGUUGUGAUGUCUCGGCCAGCUUCUGUAAGGGACAUCCGCCAUGCUGGAAGGGAGAGUUCCCUCGCAAACAUGCAGGCCCUCUCCCUCGAAUGUGUGUGUACUCCUUCCUUAAAAGACACUUGUUCUGGAGCAUGGGAGACUUGGGGAGGGGGGCUGCAUACCUGUGUGCCUGUAAUCUUUUGAGUACAUCGGCUGGGAUGUGAAACAUGAGCGUGAUGGGCUCCUUGUAUUGUUUUUUUGUUUUUUUUACAAUUCUCCUGCUUGGAUUAAAAGGAGAAUAUUGAUCCAAAUGAACUGUGUUGCACAGAAAUGAGGAGAAUGCAGGAGAUAUGAACAGUCAUUCUCCAUCUUUCUGCCUCUUCCCAGUUGCUGCUUCCCUUGGACUCCCCCCUCCCUGCUCGCCUCUGCCAGGGGGAGAGUAGCGCUCCCCCAAAGUCCAUUCUCUAUCUUUCUGCUAAGACCUUUGGGAGUUUAUUUAAUAUUUUUUACUGUACAAAGGAAAAACUGUGGACUUAAAUACUGUUGGUUUUUUUAUAUAUAAUAAAAUGAAAAUGAACAUUA